AUGAGCGCUCAUAUUGGAGCCGUCUCCAGUGUGAAUGCUUUGAUCGGCAAGGUCUUUACCCAACCUAAAGGUGAUUUGGUAUGUUCAUAGUUUAUUACAACAAAAAGGUUUAAUUAAGGCCGUUUUAUGUAAGGUAGGCUUGUAAAUGGGAUGGGACGAGUCUUGGUUCAGGUCUUGAGUCUCGGUCCCAGGAGUGCUCAACCUCAAGCCUACCUGUGCCGGCCCUUGGCAAGUUUAGACCGGGACUGUUGAGCUCAGUUGUAUUUUGCCCAGGGCGAGUGCGGUUCUAGUGGAUCUCUUUUUAGGUCUAAUGUACCAUUUUAUAAAUUUUAGGUUAAAUAGGCACUUAUACAUCUUUAAAACUUUUUCAGGCCGGUCGUCUAAACAGCCGUUUCACCGUAGCCAUAUUAGCUGUAUCAUCAGGUUUACUAUUGUCUACUCACUUCUGGGGUGAUCCGAUCACCUGUUGGACGCCAGCUGAAUUUCCUCGAAUUUGGUCCGACUUUGUGAACCAGUUUUGCUACGUCGAAGGCACUUAUUUUGCCAAACUCGAUGAACAACUCGAGUUCAAGGACGAAACUCGUCAGAGAAACUUUAUCAACUAUUAUCAGUGGAUUCCAUACUUUCUGACUUUGCAGGCCUUUGCGUUUUAUAUGCCUAGGUUCAUUUGGGAUGUGUUGGCCAGCUUUUCUGGCUUUGACCUUGGUGGUUGUGUCAAGUACACUGAUGUGGUUUGGCAUAAGGUUAGAGGUGGAAACUUUCAAGGUAUGUUAAUUUACAGUAUCCUACCCUACCCUACCCUACCCUACCCUACCCUACCCUACCCUACCCUACCCUACCCUACCCUACCCUACCCUACCCUACCCUUCCCUACCCUACCCUACCCUACCCUACCCUACCUUACCCUACCCUACCCUACCCUACCCUACCCUACCCUACUCUACCCUACCCUACCCUACCCUACCCUGCUUUACCCUACCCUACCCUACUCUACCCUACCCUACCUAAAGGACCCUAAAUUUUACCAUACUGUAUUCAGGCCGAAUGGACGUGCUAGAAAAGCAAGUCGGCACCUACAUCUGGGAUGCAAUUCGGCUAGCCCGCAGACACAAACGUGGCCGAAUGGUUUUCUAUUACAUUAUCUAUACGGUUGUGCAAGCCACAAAUGCUUGGUUAAUGUUCUACUGGCUUAACGAUUUGAUUGACAGUCCUUUAUAUUCUUUCCAUGGUGCUUCGGUCAUUGCUUCAUUGUUGUCCGGUGAGAGUUGGCAAGAAAGCGGGCAUUUUCCUCGCAUUACACAUUGUGAUGUGCCUAGACGGAUGUUGGCUAACUCUCCGGUGAGUUUUGAGAAAUGAAUAUGUAGGGGUAUUAUAUUUGCUAAUGAGAAUAUGAAAGGUAGUUAAAACAUGGCGGAGUACAUCGAAGAUGAAGUUUCUGUCGCUCCUACAUUAGUCAAAAGGUUCAGUCGAGCCGUAUUUUUCAGUCCGUCUUACGGAUCGUGCCCAAACGUUUGGUUGUGGAACCUCAGCUGGCCUUUGAAGUCCUGAUUUUAGCCGCGAACUCUGGCUUACAUGUAUUGGCCAACUCCGUUCAAAGUUGCUUUGACUCGGCCCGGCCUCAGUCUAAUAGACCCAUUUUCAUGUCUACUCGCCACAAUAUUAAUCAACCAUUUAUAAGUUGUCAAACCUUUCAAGUGUCAUUUCCAGAAACAAACGGUCAACUGCGUGUUAACCCUUAACAUUUACUACGAGAAGUUGUUGUUGUUCCUAUGGUUCUGGAUGCUGUUUGUUUGUUUAAUCAGCAGUGCAAACUGCAUUUCAUGGCUCAUGACAAUGUGCACACCAGCACGUUCGCAAGAACGUAUCCGAGCUUAUUUAGCGUGCCAUGCCGGCUCGGUCUAUCUUGACAAGUUCUUCAGAGCUUUGGGUCAUGAUGGCGUUUUUGUUCUUCAUCAGCUUGCAUUGAAUAUUGGUGAUCUACCUGCUAGGUGGGUUAUUGUAAAUAAUGAUUUUUUAAAACUUAGUUGUAUUAUAAAACACGAUAAAACUAAAAAACAUCGAAAGACUUUAAGAUAAAGCUAGUUCACUCAAAAAACAUGUUGUGUUUCAGUUACGUAGCAAUGGCCUUGUACAACGUUGUGAUUGACUUUGAUCACGAAACUCAUGCUUUAUUAGAGAAAACUGGGGCCAAAGAAGUGUGA